AUGUCUGAAUUAUUUAUUGGCCAUGUUGUCACUCUGACCGACGGUCGGCAGGCCACCGUCCGGUUUAUUGGGACUACGCAUUUUGCUGCCGGCGAUUGGGUCGGUAUUGAGCUGGAUGAACCUACCGGAAAAAACGAUGGCGCCGUUCAAGGAGAACGAUAUUUUGACUGUGAACCAGGCUAUGGAAUGUUUAUACGACCGUCUGCUGUUGACGCUAUCGUUGAACAGCCUGUGCGGGAGACGAAGCAACCUCCCAGGGGCGUCGCCAGUGCUCCGGCGAACAGAGGACGAGCUCAGACUGGUUCUACAACAGGUGGGAUUGCCAUGAAAAGACCCGGCGCCUUGCCUGCGAACAAUGUCAAAAGACAUAGCGUCAGUGCUGCGAGCCCGUCGCCAACUUCGCGGUCCGCAUCUCAGCGGACGUCUAGGGUUCAGUCACCGUUAAAAUCGCCGGUCAAGUCUCCAUCGACCCCCGCCGUCCCUGUUUCCUCCACUCGUUCGUCCAUCAGUGGCCCCUCGCGGCCGUCCGCAGUAAAAGCCCGCCCUCCGUCCGGACCAAAGACGUCGAUGGGCCCUCCUCCGCCUCCCUCUGCCGCCGCUCGCCAAUCUCGAUCGUCUAUAUCAGGACCAGCCAGCAAGGCGGCCAGACCAAGUCUUCAAAGUGGACCGACAACAUCUGCAGGGCAGUUGAAGCGGCCUGCACUGCGCCCAACCGCUCCCAACAAGUCAUCGGAGGAAACAGAAAGCCACACCAGUGCCUAUUCGGAGGAGCCUGAGAUAGAUCCCAGAGAUGCCGAGCCUGACAUGGACGGAAACGAGGCUCCUAUCCGCAAGGCAUCUGAAAAGGCACCGAGCUCAGCGCGUCCGGCCGGCGGCCGCCCUAGCCUCACGUCUUCCUCGCAACGGCAAGCACAAAACAAUUCUGCCGCAGUCGCGAGGGAGCUUGAUGAGAUGAAGACAAAGCUCAAGGUCAUGGAGAAGAAACGAGCGGAGGACCGAGAAAAGCUUAAAACCCUAGAGAAACUACAGUCAGAGAGGGAUAAGUUCGAAGCCAUUAUCCAGAAGCUGCAAGCAAAGUAUCAGCCGCAACAGCUUGAGAUUGGAGAAUUGCGCAAGAAACUGAAAGACACAGAGGCCAAGCUUGAGGAGGUUGAGCGUCUCCAAGCGGAGCAUGAAUCGAUUCUGGAAAUGGCAGCAUUGGACCGUGAAAUGGCCGAAGAGACAGCUGAUGCGUUCAAGCACGAGUGUGCCGUGUUAAGGACGAGGGUUGAGGAGCUUGAACUGGAGCUGGAUGUCCUAAAGGAAGAGAACGAGGAGCUGGGCCAGGUCAUGACUCCCGAAGAGAAAUCCAGCCAUGGAUGGCUCCAAAUGGAAAAGACAAACGAGCGCCUCCGCGAAGCUUUGAUUCGUCUCCGGGACAUGACCCAGCAGCAGGAAUCGGAGCUACGAGAUCAGAUCAAGGAACUCCAGCAGGAUUUGGAAGAUUAUGCUGCGAUUAAAUCCCAGUACGAAGCAACGAAAGAGAAGCUGCUUGUAUCUGAGAACAAUGUUGAAGAUCUCAAACAGCAGUUGGAGACAGCACUCGGGGCUGAAGAGAUGAUAGAAGAGCUGGCGGACAAGAACAUGCGAUACCAGGAAGAGAUCAACGAGCUCAAAGCUGCUAUCGAAGACUUGGAGGCUUUAAAAGAAAUCAACGAUGAGCUUGAAUACAACCACAUCGAAACAGAAAAGCAACUGCAGGAAGAGAUUGAUUAUCGAGAAAGCCUGUUCAACGAACAAUGCCGAAAGAUUUCUCAGCAAGAUGAAGUCAUCGAAGAUCUAGAAUACACUCUGGUCCGCUUUCGGGAGCUCGUCUCUACUUUACAAGGGGAUCUGGAGGAUAUGCGAGCAUCUCAGCAGAUUUCAGAAGCCGAGGCGAACGAUCUUACGACGCGGUCGCGAGCCAUGAUGGACUUGAAUAUGAAACUCCAGGCGUCGAUGGCCAAGACGCAGACAAAGACAAUCGAUAUCGAACUAAACCGUAUGAACGCAGAGGAAGCUAUACAGCAUCUAUCCAUUCUCAAACUCUAUUUGCCCGACUAUUUUGAAGGAGAGCGUGACUCAGUUCUCGCCCUUUUGCGCUUCAAGCGGGUCAGCUUCAAGGCUUCUCUGAUGAACCACACCAUACGUGAAAACAUCACUGAACAAGCCUCGAUAGCGACAGCUCUCGAUGACAUAUUCGUGGCCUACGACGUGCUUGAAAAACUUCUGUACAUUUCGUCUCUCAGCGACCGGUUUGUUAAUUAUAUCUCUAGCUGCUCUACGGAAAAUUUCGAGAGCAUCAAAGGGGCAUUGUUCGAGAUGGAGCCAGUGGAGCGCACGUUGAAUUUCUGGAUGGAAGGUUUAAAGAAAAAUGAACUGAACCUCAGAAAGUGCGCUGUAGAGCUUCAGAGAUCCAUCGCUCUGCUUUCGCAUCUCGCAGAGACCCUUCUUCCUACGUCCCUCGAGGCAUUUGCGGAUGAACUCUGCAUGCGCUCAUCAGCGACGCAGUCAUAUAUUGAUCAUGCUGCAACUUGCAUGGCACGGUUGAAGACAUUGCUGCAGGCAAAAAUUACGGUUCCGGAGGAAGGUGAUAAGGAGUGCUCUUUGCUCUUCACGAAAGCGGAUGGGUUUGUGUCCCAAGCUCGGGGAUUGAAAGUUGCCCUAGGCAAGGUUUAUCGUGCGCUCGAAGACCUUAGAUCGCGAUCACUGUCUCUAUCACAAGAUGUUGCCGGCCCCUUCAAGAGCGCCGAAGAAGCUGCCAAGGAGCUUUCUGCUUUGGCACGUCAGCUUGGGGAGAACUUGGCGAUUCUCAUUAGCGAUGAGACUCGGACCGAACCCUUGACUAUUGAAGAGGCAUCGAAGACGAUGUCAGAAACCUCCACAGCUUAUUGUCUACCGUCGGAAGGAUCCGAAAGCAAUGACACCAUGUCCCUACUCCAUAAUCGAUUACGUACACUGAGUGGCCUCCUCGAGGAGCUGGACGCGGUCUCGUCCGAUCUAUCCAUCACCACAGAGUUUGAGAGGCGUCCUGCCCCAUGGAUUGCAAGAGCUGCAGAGCUCAAGUCGAAUAAGACAAACUCACCAGACGCGGAUGAGGAAAUACGCCGGCUCAAGAAUGAGAUCCAUGAAGCGUCGACAGCCCUGGGCGUCAAGGACAAAACAAUUGAGGAGCAAGCUCUUCGAGUAGAAUUGGUAGAAUCCAGAAUGCGUGAGGCCACCAAGAGAGCAUCCAUGGUCAAGGACCUUGAAAACAAGAUCGAGGAGAUGCAGGCGAAGCAAGCGGACCUCGAAGGGGUUAUUGAAACACAACGCAAGGACCUGCAAGCCUUGGAAGCGGAGCGAGAGGAACUCAAGAAUCGUCUUGAGCGAGUCAAACGUCUCUCCGGUACAACAGGAGUCGGAACCACGACUGACGGGGUUGUCAUCGAUAACAGUCUCUCCUUGGCCGCCUUGCGCGAGAACGAGGCUCUCCGCGCAGAAGUCGCCAGUCUACAAGCGGCUGUCCGCUUCCUUCGCGAAGAAAACCGACGCUCGAACAUGCUCGACCCGUACUCGGUGCAACGGGCGGCGGAUAUGCACUCAUGGCUCGACUUGCCGCUUACCAAACCACCGUCAAGUGCUCUGCAUGACAAGGUCCAGCAGACCGCGACCGAAAGCAGGGACGUCUUCGCUCAUCUGCUCAAGCUGACGAAAGAAUCCAACAUCUGCGACCUCAAGUCUACCAUGUCCCAGAACAAUGGCAAUCGCGUCGGCUGGCGCCCAUCAAAAGUCAAGCUCCGCUACCAGGUGCUACAACAGCGUGAGAACUACGAGCGCUGGGCAGAAUGGAAAGACGACAUCGUCCGCCACGAGCGGGAGCAGGAUAGAUUAGCCGCCGCGAAGAAGGAGAGAAUCUCUCGCGAACGUGCUCAGAAACAUGCGUCGCGGAACUCCGUCUUUGGCGAUUUCCCCAAGGGCCUGGGCCAUGGUAUGAUGGGCGCCGCCUGGCAGAUACUGGGCAUGGAACAUGGUGAUCCCAAAGCGUUUGACCAGCCGAUCGAGACUUCUCUGGCGCCUUCUUAUUAA